AUGGAACAUUCAUCUAUGCAAUUAAUAGAUUUACCAGAUGAAAUACUUUUGAUGAUUUUCACGAAGUUAAACACUAUAGAUGCAUUCAAUUCUUUAAUAGGUAUAAAUAAGCGACUAGAUACAAUUAUAAAAGAUCCUGUUUUUACAAACCAUUUAACAUUGUUCAAACUGUCAUCAAAUGAUCUUAUUCAUCGAUUAGAUGAUAAAGUAAUUGAACGAUUUUGUUUACAAAUCUUACCACAAAUUCAUGAUAAAAUCAAAUGGUUUAAUCUUGAAUCAUUAUCUAUGGAGCGUAUUCUUCUUGCGAGCAAUUAUCCUAAUUUAUGUGGGCUUGGUUUAUACAAUAUUGAUGAGGAUGCAGCUACAUAUCUAUUUUAUCAUGAAUGUUCUGACUUUCAUAUUUUCAAAAAUCAAAUAUUAUCACUUGUCAUUAAACUUGAUGAUAAAAAACAACCAUUUAUAAGAAAUAUACUAACACAUAUAUUUAGAUAUAUUUUGACCAUGUUUACUAAUUUAUGUUAUUUAAAUUUUCAAGCAUCUUCAAUUUAUUCUCAACAAAUAUCAUUUGAUACUUUACCUCGAAAACCUAUUUUCUCUUCAACUUUAUUAAAAUUACAUGUUAAUUUAGAAAACUUCAAUGAUUGUCUUUAUUUACUCGAUGGUCGUUUAAAUCAACUUCAUACAUUUUAUGUUAACAUAUCUAUUAUUAAUUCAUAUCGAACAAUCAUUAAUAAAGAAAAAUUAUUUAAUCUAAAAUGUUUUUCAUUAACUUGUAAUGUAAAUACAUCUGUAUAUGAUGAACUUAUUGUGCCACUUUUACAUCGUAUGUCAAAUUUAGAAAAACUUGGUUUGUAUCUACUAAUUAAUCAUAAUAGAACAUUUGUUGAUGGUAAUGAUUUAAAAAAAAAUAUUCUUAAUUAUUUGAUACAUUUAAAAAAAUUUCAAUUUAAUAUUCAUUCAUUUAUUUCUAUUCAUAAUCAAAGUAAUUUACCAUCUAAUAAAGAUAUUCAACAUACAUUAAAAACAAAUCUUGAAAAUAAACAAAUUAUUUCUUGUGUUAAUUAUUUUUCUAAAUGUAAAAAAGGUUAUUGUCAUAUUUAUUCAUAUCCAUAUUCAAAUAGAAUGAAAUAUUAUCAUCAUAUUACAAAUAAUUUUCCAGGUGGAUUAUUUACAUAUGUUCGAAAAAUAUCAUUAUUUGAUGAAUAUUCAUUUGAACAUGAUUUUUUUAUUCGAAUUUCUCAAUCAUUUCCAUUGAUUGAAAAUUUAUCUGUAAUUAAUCAAACACCACAAAAUCAAAAACAAUAUCAAGAAACAAAUUUAUCGAUUGCUCAAUUUUCUCAUCUUACUGAAUUAGAUUUUUAUCAAGCUCAUGAUGAUUAUAUUGAACAAUUUUUAAUUGAUACAAAAACAUUUUUACCCAAUAAUAUCUUAUUUGAUAUUGAUUAUCAUCAAUUGAAAAGAGUAACCCAAAAUUUUAGAAGAGCAACAACACGAAAUAAUUGUGCAAAAUUGGCGAAAAUAUAUGUUGAUGAUGAACCUGAUAUUGCCAAACACAUACAAGAAUAUUGUCCUAAUACAAAGAUCUAUUAA